UCUGGGGGCGGGGCGAGGAGCGGAAGUCCUACGGUGGCACCUCCGGGAUUCGCUCGCUGCGUCUCAUCGUUGGGGCCGCGACAAGAUGGCGGACCUGUCUCUGGACGAGCUCAUACGGAAACGCGGUGUGACGGUGAAGGGAAGAAUUAACCCAAGGCCAGUGUUUGGGGGUGUAAGAUCUCGCAUUGGGAUCCAGCAAAAUCUUCUAAAUAGAUCAUCACCAGCUGUGAGCUUCCAGCGGACAUUUGAUGCCCGACAGAAGAUAGGACUCACUGAUGCCCGACUCAAGCUGGGGGUUAAAGAUGCCCGUGAAAAACUGGUUCAAAAGGACGCUCGGUUCAAAAUCAAAGGGAAGGUGCAGGAUGCUCGAGAGAUGUUGAAUUCCCGUAAGCAGCAAAGUGUUGUUGCUGAAAAGGCAACCAAAGUGGUGGAUGCCAGAGAGAAGAUCAGCUUAAAAAGGAGCACUCCCGCUGCUAUCAGCCCAGCUAUGGGGACAGUAAAUCCAGCCAUGAAAAUCACCAAAACUAUCCAACAGAAAGCUCCAGUUCCUGGACACUCUCAUCCAGCAGGAAUGAGGAUCAAUGUGGUGAACAACCAUACACAUAAACAGGGUCUGUAUGACACAGAAGAUGAUGAUGAAAGCGUCUCUCCCCUUCCUAGCAAACAGAUGAAAAUCACCACCACAAACAGUUUCCUGCACAACUCGACUGGUCUGAGCAGCAAUAAAUUCUCUUUGUCCAAGACUGUUCCCCUGACUAAAGUGGUCCAGAACGAUACAUACACAGCUCCACCUGCACCUCCCACUGCUAUGCGGACAAAGGCCUUGACAAACAUGUCCCGGACCUUAGUGACAAAGGAAGAGCCUCCAAAAGAGCCAGCACCUGUUGAGCUGGCGUUCAGUCCUUUGGAAGGCACAAAGAUGACCGUAAAUAAUCUGCAUCCUCGAGUCACAGAGGAAGAUAUUGUUGAGUUAUUCUGUGUGUGUGGAGCUCUGAAGCGAGCCCGGCUGGUGCACCCUGGAGUGGCUGAGGUAGUAUUUGUGAAGAAAGAAGAUGCUAUCACAGCCUAUAAGAAAUACAACAACAGAUGCUUAGAUGGUCAACCAAUGAAAUGCAAUCUUCAUAUGAAUGGGAAUGUCAUCACCUCAGACCAGCCUAUAUUGCUCCGAUUGAGUGAUACCCCUUCAGUGAAGAAGGAAGGGGAACCACGCCGGCCAAGUGCAAGCGCCUCCUCAAAUCCCCCAGCUGAAGUGGACCCUGAAACUAUCUUGAAGGCACUCUUCAAAUCCUCAGGGGUCUCUGCCUCUGUGCAGCCCACAGAAUUCAAAAUUAAACUCUGAGAGGGGAGAGCAAGCAGUGGACUGGAAAACUCAUAUAAGUUGGGGGAUGAGGAAAGUGCAGGAGCGCAGAUGUUAUUUGCAUUUGCCUAUCCUGAAAUUUUUUGUUUUCUAUGAUCGCUACCUUACUGUACAAUAGUGUUUCCUCUUGUGUGUGUACUUUCUGUUUUCAUAGUUGGAGUUUCCUUCCAUGAUUUUUUUUUCCCAAGAGAAUAACCUCCCCCUUCUGCCAGUAAUGUAUUACCGAGCAUAUACCAUGUAACUCCAUCCUUUACUCCAAAGCCCCCAGUGGCCAUUAAAAGUGCACAUAGACUCUGA